AUGGAUCUUCGACCCGUUGGUUUCCCUACAUUGUUUCUAGAACUCAGCAAACUCGCAAACACAUUGAAGAUACGAUAUGAUCAAAGAGGCGACAUGAGAGACCUGGAAGAAGCCAUGUACCUCCUCCGACAGGCUCUAGAGUUCGUCCCUGUCCCACAUCCUGAUCGACCUCAAUAUCUCUUCUAUCUGGCGGAAGCACUAUAUUCACAUAUACAGCCUAAAAGAUAUGAAGACUUUAAAGAAGAGGAUGAUGUCAUUGCCGAUGAAAUGGCGGCACUCUGCAGGGAAGCUCUCGAGUUACCUCCUCCUCCAAAGUUCCCGUUAAAUAGGCUUCGCUUGUUCGACAUUCUGAGAGCAGGGUUGCACGCUCGAAUAUUGCGAUCGGGUGGAUUGGCAAGCAGUGAGUUGGAUGAACUCAUUUCUAUCUAUAGGGAACGUGUAAAAUUUGGACCGCCGUCAAGUUUCAUGAAACUACACAUUGAGCUCGCGGUUUUCUUAUUCUUGCGAUACGAUAAAAGAGGUGAACUACGUGACAACGAUGAAUGCCUCCCCAUCUGCCGUCGCGCUCUUGGAAUACUGGAUGAAGCUAAUCCCAUGCUGCACCCCAUUUUGCAUCACCUAAUCAGUCUUUUUGCUCGUUCACUUCUUGUUCAAUUUAAGAAGGAGGGCGAUCCCAAUGACCUUGAAGAAGGUAUCUCUUUCUCAAGGAAAAUGAUUCAGAUUGGACUCCCCCCUCAUGUUGAUCAAACUGAGUUUCUUACCGGACUUGCCGCCUUGUUAUUUGCUCGUUACAAGCUAACGUGCAACACAAGUGACUUUGAAGAAAGUUUGUCUCUUUACAAACGAGCACUGGAUCCAGAUCUCAAUUCAUCAUUCAUCUCAGCGAUCAUGCUCAACAAUUAUGCGGACGUUUUGCUCGCUCGAUUCGCAAAACAUGGCCAUAGAAAAGACCUAGAUCAAAGCAUUUCCCUCUACAAGCGAGCUUCAAACAAAAGCCAUCCCUCUGAACCCAGUCAUUCAGUAUCUCUUCGCAAGCUCAACGAUGCAUUGGGACUUCGAUCUGUACUCGAUCUUGAUUUGGCAACUUAA